AACACAUUGUAGAAAUCAUAAUUCAGUUGUUCAAUUGUCAACAGAAAUCCUCACACUUCGGUAGCUAAGAAUUUUUUCAAAUUUUUUAAUGGUGGGUACUGAUAUCUUCCAAUCUGUACCUAACUCAUUUCAAUCACUAUCGUUGCAUUCUAACUCAAUUGUUUUAAAAAUAAAUUAAUCGCAUUUUCACAAAAUCUCAAUAAAAGUCCCAGCCAUGAUGAAAGCCUUUGUUCUAUUCAUCACUACUCUUCUAUUGAUACAAUUCGUUCGUAUCGAAGCAAACUUCAAUAUACCCAACAUAGUGAAAGGAAAACCAGUCAACGAGAAACUUUACAACUUCAUGAUAAAAUUAUCCGAAGCCAGCGAAGCUAUACGCCUAGCUUUGAAUUGGAAUGUUAGCAAUGAGCUCAGUGUUCUGCACGAAUUCGCAGAUGAUCGUAAAGCAUACACAACAGCCAUGAGAGAGAUCGCUCAAGGUGCUCAGAAAAUUUUGAAUAGUACUCUAGAAGAAAUCGAGUUUAAGAAAAAAGUGGGAAUCAAGCGUUUUGUUGAUGCAAUACUUGAGUAUCAGAAAACAAAACGUAUUCAGAAUCCGAAAAUGGACGAAUUGGCUAAAAAGAUCUAUGAGUUCAGGAAAGCUCAAUUCUUGAAUAAACAUAAAAAUAUCCCUCAUUAAUUUGUCGUAAAAUGUGCGAUGUAACGUGAUUUUUAAGUAAUUUUCAAUAAAAAUUACUUCCUUGACUUUCUAGACAGCUA